AAAAAUCAGCUACUUUGGUCUGGUCUCCGCAGAGCACACAUAGAUGGAGCAUUGGUGUAGCACUUUUCACGUUAGCAAAAGCAUCUUUUUAGUCAUUUACUGAGCUAGUAUGACAACGUGAACAUCAUGUUUACUAAUCAGGGCAUUCAACCUGUAAGUGUUGUUUUUAGCAACGCAAAAAACUGCUUUCUUUACCUCUCCACGAAGUUGAUAUCGCACCUGUCUUUGAAGGAGAACCAGGCCUUAGAGUUGUCCUGGGGCAAUGACUCUCCAGUGUUUCUCAGCUGGACUCUAAAUAGAGCAUCCUCUGAACAAGAUGGCCACAAAGUAGAGCUGUGUCGACAGCUGGGAGAAAAGCUGGGCUUGAAAGAUGGAGAGCAGGGCUUUCUAAGACCGUGUCAUCAAGCCUCAUCGUUGAGCCAGGUGUUUGUGGAGCCUCUGUCAGCYGAUGACUGGGAGAUCCUGGAGCUCCACAGUUCUGCACUGGAGCAGCAGCUUCUGGAUCAGAUCAGAGUGGUUUUCCAWGAUGCUGUGUUACCUGUUUGGGUGGACGAUCACACUGUGAUCUACAUUAGGAUAGCUUCWCUUACCCCAUCUGUGCCCUAUGGUCGCCUGGAGCAGUUCACUGAGCUUGUGGUGUCUCCAAAGAUCCGAAUCAACAAMCUGAGGGAUUCUUUUCAGAGACCGAGCCACAACAAGCAAAACUCGAAUCCCUCCUCCUCCUCUGAGCCGUCGUCAGAUUCCACCUCCCGUCUCCCUCAGAGCCAACAGUGGGGUGGGAUUGGGGACUUGAAGAGCCUGCUUCGAUAUAUGAUAAAAGGCACUUCCGACCCAGUUAAGGAGGAUCCUCCUGUGCCCAGCGUUCCCGUCAUCUUCUCUGAUUCCAUCUACAGAGUCUGUGGCGCACCCCCCGCCUCUCUUUGUUCCGUUAGCCACGGCGCUACUGGUGUUGUUCACGUCUUUCCUCGGAACCCUCAUUUGAACACCGCACUACGAGGUCAGUCCGCAGUGACGUACGGUCUUCUCUCCAAAGUUUUAUCCCCUAAAGAAGCAAAAGACAAAACCAAGCAGGCCAUGGAGAAAAAGAAGAGCGCCGGUAAAGACGGCGCUGCUGUUAAAGGAGAGGAAGAGGAGGCUGUGUUGGUCAGGGUCGUGUGUCACGACUCUGACACGCUGACGGGGGAGAGGAGAGGUCACAAGGGGGAGAUUCAUGGUGGGAAAGUGUGGAUCCCACAGCCUCUGGGCAGCAAGUUAAAAAUCCAGCCACACUCAGCUGUGAGAAUUAAACCAGCUGGGUCAACAAUCAAAGUCGCCUCUAAUAUUUGUCUGCAGCCUCUAAAACCUUUGCCUGAGGAGAACGAUGAAGCGAUCCAGACGGCUUUCCUCAGCUGGCUGCACACUCAGAGUCACGAACCUCUGGCCUGUCUGACUGCUCGUUCUGGUUCUGUCCUCCUCCACGCAAGUGAUGCAAAGUUGGAAUUUGUUUUAACUGUGUUGAAACCAGAAACACAGAACGAUCCUGCAGACCAGCUGUUUCUUCUCGCUCCCACUGUUCUCCACAAGAAGGACAUACAGGUGGACAGACAGCCGGUAGCAGAGCCUGCAGUAAAAGUAGAUGAAGCGACCGACCCAGAGCUCCCCUCUGCCUGUACUCUUGGUGGGAUUGAUGAGCAUAUUAGAACUGGAAUUGAGUUUAUUUCCCUCAACCUUCUGGGCAGCCCCCUCGCAAGACAGCUGUGUACCACUGGUAAGGGGCUCCGAGGAGGAGCGCUGCUCAUCACUGGAGCCAAG